AAAAAAAUCCCAGUACAGAGAGCGCGCGAUGAGUUGGUCACUUGAGGAACUUCAGCACAUUCGGACUCCCUCAGGCGCGGGCCCUUCCCCUGCCCCAGCCCAGCGCCGGGUUGGACCCUCGGCCAGCAGCGGGCAGGGCUGCGCUGCGAGGAGCUCGGAGUGGGAGGGCGCCCCGCGGACCCGGGCAGGGUGGGCUCCGCCGGGCUCUGCCUGCCCGGGCGAGUGAGCCCCGGCCGGAGGGCGCUGCAGGUCGGGGCCAGACGCAAGGAGACCAACCCAAAAGAAAGGGAAGGGAAGCGGGGUCGGCUGUGCCCCCAGGACGCCCAGCCAAGCGGUUGUGGGGCGGCCUGGGCAUGCACAGGGCUCCCGCGCCGGGGCCUGCGGCCAGCUCCCGUGGGAUGCAGCAUGGGAACUCCGGCGGGAGAGGGCGCACAAGAGCGGGACCAGGAGAGCUGCCCCAGGCCCCUGGGACCGCUCUGCCUCGGGUCCCCAGCCUGGAGAUCCGGGCGUGUCCUGGGAUGUCACUCUGCAGACCCACUGUCUGCUUUAACCACUUUGCUUGGUACAAAGUACCUCACCCCUGCAAGUCAAGGGCGCGGAGAGCGAUUCGGUCCACGGUCAGAUCAAAGGCAGGGGGCCCUGGCGGAGGACAGCCGCUCUCCUAAUGGCAGCCAGGAAGCAAGAGAGGAAGCCUGGAAAGGGAGCUGCAUCCACAGGGACCAGGCACCAGGGAGGCCCUCUUCAGCCGGACCCUCUAACACCUACCCGCGUCACUCACUGGCGCUGGCCGUUCCCUUGUCCCGCUGGCCAGGAACGCAGCGGCUUCCGCACGGUCACGAUCCUUCCGCCACCUUUCACUCCCCACCCCUCACGUCACUGAAUCUCAACUUUCUAUAAACUGCAGGAAACUGGGUCGUGUUUUCCCCUCAGCCAAUCUCUCUUUUGAUUGGCUUUUUUUGUUUGUUUGUUUGUUUUUUUUCUCCGGUACCGGGAAGCGAACUCACGACCUUGCGCUUGCCAGGCAGGCACUUUUGCCGCUGAGCUAAAUCCCCAGCCCCUCUUUUGAUUGGCUUAGUUUGACCAUUUACAGUUAAUGUAAUUGAAAUGCUAAGGCAAGUGUCAUUUUAUUCGUUUGUUUGGUAUGUCUCAUUUUUGUUUACCUGCUUCUAGCAUCCUGCAUUUCUGUGUGCUGCUAGAACCUUUUAAAAGAUCCUAUCUUGAUUUAUUUAGUGCAGUUGAAUUUAUCUUUUUAUAUAGUUUUUCAGUAGCUGGUCUGGCUAGUAUAAUGUGCAAUUUAUCACAUCUUCUGGUAUCAAUAAUGUUUUUCUGUUUCAAGACAGGGCCUCACUAUGUAGCCCAGGGUAGCCUCAAACUCGUAGUGAUCCUCCUGCCUCAGCCUCCCAAGUGGUGGGAUCUCACCACGCCUGGUUUGGUAUCAACAUCUUACAACUUGAGUUUAUAAAUGCUGGCCUCCCCAGCGUCGACCCUGGUUGCCCCUGAGACUUUGCCUUUAGUUCCCAGGAGUUUAUCUUUCUUGUGAUUGGUUUUGAUUGCUGUUCCUGUUUGGAAUUUAUUCAGCUCCUUGAAUCUAAAGAUCUGUAUCCUUUGGGGAGUGCUGAGCCGUUACUUCUUCAGCUGCUUCUCGGCGGCCGUCUCUCCCCUCCUGCUCAUCCAGCUACUCCAGAUACAGUGUCUUUUGCUACCGUCCUGCAAGUCCUUGUGGCCGCUUGUUUUAAACUGAUUUCCGGCACAUCGUGGUGGUGCAUGCCUGUUAGGCCGGGAGGCUGUCGGGAGCACUGCUACAUUGGAGCCCAGACCGGUAAACUCAGCUAGCCCCUGUCUCAAAGUUUAAAAAAGGGCCGGGGAUGUUGCUCAGUGUGGCAGCUCUGGUUUCUAUCCCCAGGGCCAAGAAAAAGUUGAUUUUUACUGCAUGGCUUCCUCCUGAACAUAACUCUUCAAAGGUCUCAGGGCAGUGAUCUUAAAAUAUACAUUCAUUCCCCGUACAGGAGACUGAACGCAGGGCCUGCACACUGCGCUACACCCCAGUCUUUUUGUAUUUUUUCAGGCAGCGUUUCACUAAGUAGUUAAAUUGCGGAGGCUGGCUUGAAGUCUGGUCUUCCUGCCUCAGCCUCCCAGUGUGGUGGGAUGACAGACGUGCAAUAUCGCGCCCAGCAAACGUGGGAACCUAUGACUGACCGGACUCGGGAGCUCUUAGGCGCACACGCGGACACGGGUGGGCAACGCACCCGCACGCACGCCCAUACGCACCACACACCACACCCACACACGAACACGCAUACCAUGCACACGCACAUACACCACGCAUGCACGCACGCGGCGGACACACGGCGCCGGCCCCAGGCUCACAAGCGCAGCGUCUUUAUUUCUCGGCAGAGAUGCGUUAAAGCGCGGAGGCCGCCACUGUGCCCAGGCCGCGCGGCACACCCGCGGGCCCCCGGCUGGCUCCUCGCGCCGGCAGCAGGGUGCGCCGGGGAUGCCGGGCUCCGGCCGGAGGUGCCGGCAUCCGCUUCCCCGAAGCCGGGCCUCGGGCCGCUCCUGCCCUUCCCAGGCCUGAGCAGCCGCGGCAUGGAGC